ACUAAAGUGUCCGAACUUCAGCGGUCCCGGAAACAUGUCAAAGGAUGGCCUGUCUCAGCUACUAUCAUCGUAUGGAUCAGAUGAAUCGGAAAACUCGAGCGACGAUGCGGAGGAAUUGACUGCUGUUAAAAAUAAAACAGGAUCUCAAAGCAUGAAACUUAAACUGGCCAAAACUGAAAAAGGCGGGUGCGAGAAUUGUGGCAUUACUCAAGAAGAAAGAAAGGUUUUGCCAUUACCGAAAGAAGUAUUGAACAUGUUCAGAGAAGAUCCCAUCUCAGAAGACGAAUCAGCUAAACACCAUGGAAGGAUAAGGACAUUUUCUCAUUUUCCUGGUAACUGGGCUAUGCAUGUGUUUAUUCCUUUCACAACCAACAGUUAUUUUGAGAGCCUUGUGGUAUCUGUGGUCGAAAGUUUGGCCGCUAUUAUAUCAGGCGAAGUUCACCUGACACCAUGUAAUGAGUUACAUGUUAGUGUGUCCAGAACAGUGCCAGUCAGACACUACUGGAUCGAGCCAAUUGUACAACAGCUAAAAAAUGGCCUCAGUACAGUGCAAAGUUUUAGGUCUACCUUGCAGUGCCCUGAAUUCUAUACAAAUGAUGAAAAAACAAGAUCAUUUUUAGCAUUGAAAGUAGUUGCAGGACAUAAAAAGCUGAAAGAGAUCGUUGCCAUAGUAGAUGAUAUCUUGGAAGAAUUUUCUCUUCCAGCAUUCUACAAGGAUCCAUCAUUUCAUCUAAGUAUUGCAUGGCUGCUUGGAGACAUCAGCUCUGAAAGGACAGAAGAAAUUCAAACCAAACUCCAGGAUAUUUUGGAUGCUUGCAUUUGUGAAAAAGAAGUUGCCAGGUCAUUGGUAUUGGAAGUAAAAGAAGUACACUGUAACAUAGGAAAUAAACAUUUUGUUUUUCCAUUGGAUGCCACGUGAUUAGAACAAGUAAGGACUAGGGAUCAAGAUCACAAAGAAAACUCUGCUGUUGACAAUAGGAGGAGUCUAAAGUAGCAACUCGCAUUGGUUUUUUUGUAGGAAAGAUAGACAACUUUCUGGCUUGAGAGUGGCUGGUUAGUAAGCCAUCUUAGAUUGUUAUGAAAUGCAGACUCCAACUUUUCUCUAGUUUAGGUCUUUGCAACAAUACAUGUGGUCCAGAGAGACAAAAAAAAAAGAACAUUUGAGUCAUAAGCCUUUCUAAAGUGUAAAAGAGAUAAAAGAAUAUUAAUUAGAAAAAAUACAAAAGAGGAAAAUGAUCAAUUUUCCUUAUUGUGCUGAUGCACUUACUUUCAUAAUAUUUGCAAAAACAAUAAUCAGAUGUCAUUAAGAAGUGAGAAAGAACCCUCUAGUGGAAGUGUUGUGAAAAUUUGACUGCCAGACAUUUAGACUAUUUGAGACCAGGCCGGGCUGCCAGGCAUUUGGCCUCAGCAGUUAUUAUUGGUUUUCUGUUUUUCUUUUAUGCUUUACCACCAUAGUUUCUCUUAUUCUCUCUUAUUUCUUACCACGCAACACACUAGUCACCUCC